AUGAUAUGGAUAAUCGGAGAAUAUGCCGAAAGAAUUGAUAACGCCGAUGAAUUGCUGGAAAGUUUCUUGGAAAGUUUCAACGACGAGAAUACUCAGGUGCAGCUCCAGUUGCUUACGGCAAUAGUAAAGUUGUUUCUUAAAAGGCCGGCAGACACUCAAGAGCUUGUACAGAGAGUGUUGAGUUUGACAACGCAGGACAGUGACAACCCAGAUUUGCGAGAUCGCGGAUACAUUUAUUGGCGUCUUUUGUCAGCCGAUCCUGCGGCUGCAAAAGAGGUGGUUCUUGCCGAAAAGCCAUUAAUUUCUGAAGAAACCGAUCUUCUGGAACCGACUCUCCUCAACGAAUUGAUGUGUCAUAUCGGCAGCUUAGCUUCGGUGUAUCACAAGCCUCCAAGCGCUUUCAUGGAGAACGUUCAUGUGACGCGAAAGACGCUACAAACAAAGACGAUCAUUGGUGGUGAGGAAAAUGACGCGGCUUCAACGGCCCCGCAAAAGAUGACUGAACAGCCGACUGUUAUACCAGCGCAGGACUCCCUCAUCGCUGAUUUGUUGAACUUGGAUCUCAGUCCUGCGCCAGCACAAUCAUAUACACCUGCCCCCGUAUCAUCUGGACUGGACGAUCUUCUGGGUUUGGGCUCUGAGGGAUUGCUGGGAUCAUCUGCAAACAACAUGGCCAGUACUCCUUCUCCGGUCCCUGGUCUGAUGAUGGACGUUCCGACUGCAAGCACGCAGAGCGUUCUUACCGAUAUCUUCGGGGCCGCUCCUAUCGACCAGGGACUGGUGCUUCCGAAGCAGACUGACAUGUUUUGGGGCUUCGAAGCUGUCGAACCAGGGGCUGAUUAUUUUCGACUGACCGUCCUACGGUUUGGCUUCCUGCAGCCAAAGGACGGCCAGAUGGACAAGCGUUUGUUCCUGCAAGCAUGGAAAGACAUUCCCGCUCAAAACGAAGUGCAGUACAGCCUGAAUAAUACGAAGGGUUUGUCUGCCGAUGCCAUUUGUGCGAAGCUGCAGUUGAACAACGUCUUCACGGUCGCUCGGCGCAAUGUGGACAAUCAGGAGCUGCUGUACCACUCCUUAAAAUUGACCAACGGCAUCUCAGUGUUGUCUGAACUUAAAAUGCAACCGAAUAAUGAGGCAAUGACGUUGUCGCUGAAGAGUCGAAAUCUGACGGUUACGGAAAGCAUCCAGCUUGGCUAUGCGUUGAUCAUCCAGCAAUGA